AAUUUAGAAACGCCGUUUGUGUCAGAAAUAUGUUGCAGUUUUGUAACAUUCGCAUAUUAUAUAGUUCAAACGGGAUAGUCAAAGUUUGCUUAUUGUUGAACUGUUUUGACGUUGGAUUUAUCUGGUAUCCAUUAUUUUGUUUUCCCUCCUCCCUCCUCCGCCAUGAUGUUUUCUAAGUGAACAGCGGAGCUAGCUAACCAGCUAGUUUAACGUUAGCCGUCAGGCUGCAGACUGUUGUGGAAGGGAGGUGCGAUGGAUGGAUGCUUUGCCCCGCUCCGUUUUACAUAUAUUUUUUAGUAAAGCAGAAUGCGCCGACAACAUUUACUAAGUGAUAUACUCCGCGCUGUUGCGGAGGGCUGCUAACUCGCAGCGCUACGUUAAUACAUGACCAAGGAGCAACGAUUUUUGGUUAUAGUUUGAAGAUUAACGCUAGCUGAGGCUGUUUAAGUGGCUACACAGCUAGCUCCUCCUUGCUGUCUACCAUCGCAUUCUUGUGUCUCCUGCCCCAGGAAUGUUUUCCAAAAAGCCUCAUGGGGACGUUAAGAAAUCAACACAGAAAGUGUUGGACCCAAAGAAGGACGUGUUGACGAGGCUGAAACAUCUCAGAAUAGUCAUAGAAAAUGCAGAGCCGUCAGAGCUGAAACAGUUCUUCGACCAGAACUACUCCCAUAUCUACUAUGUCUUCUUUGAGAACUUUGUCACCAUUGAGGUCAGCCUCAAGCAAAAAGGUCAUAAGUCUCAGAGGGAGGAGCUGGACUCAAUUCUCUUCAUCUUUGAGAAAAUACUCCAGCUCCUGCCAGAGAGAAUCCAGAGCCGAUGGCAGUUCCACAGCAUCGGGCUGAUCCUCAAAAAGCUGUUGCACACUGGGAAUUCUCUGAAGAUCCGUCGUGAAGGUGUGCGCUUGUUCUUGCUGUGGAUGCAGGCGUUGCAGAGUAAUGCGGAGCGUGAGCAGCUCUGCAUGUUCGCCUGUUUGAUUCCUGGCUUCCCAGCUCCGCUCUGCCAUGGGACCCCACGCACCCUGGACACUCUGAUUAACCCGCCGCUAAGUUUAACAGAGACUCAGGUAACCCCGGAAGAGAUCACUCCAUUGGUUCCUCCCCAGUCAGGUGACAAGAACCAGGAAGACCUCACUGCUUACUUUUUAGAAGCGCUACUCAAAUACAUGGUAAACCAGGCCAAGUCUCUUGAGUGGCGUUGUAAAGAGAACCAUGAACGUGGCUUCAGCUUCCUCUUUGGUCACUUCAGGAAGUUUUACCUUCCUCACAUCUUCCCCAACUUCGCCAUGGAAACCAGCCUCUAUAACCCAAUACUGGAUGUGCCUCCGAUGCGUCCUAAGCCCUACUACAGCGUGGUGCGCAGGGAACAAGACGGGAGUGAAACAGUGUACUGCACCAAGGAAAGCUUCCUUCAGGCCCGAGUCAUCUUCAUCCGCUGGCUGGUGUCUUUCUGGCUCGAGCCACGACCCAAUGCACACACACACAUCCCAGGAACAGAGGGAGAAAACGUCCCUAAGAACAUACAGCGAGCAGCAGCCGGACUGGCAGCUCGCUCUGCAGGCAGCUCAGACGACAGCGGUGGAGGUGGGAUUCGGUCUGACAGCCACCUGGAAGGUAGUGGGUGCUCAUCUGGAUCGGGUGGAGGCAGCAUGGGGCUCUCUGGGGGUCCAGGGACUGGAGGGGAGCCUGAACAAAGCCACUCCAACACAUCCACGCUGACAGAGAGGGAGCCCAGCUCCUCCUCACUCUGCUCCAUCGAUGAAGAGCAGCUGACAGACAUGGAGGUGGUGAGGAGAGUACUGACCAGCUCCAGAACCAAUGUCAACUUCAUCACUGAGAUCUUUAGACAGGCGUUUCUCCUUCCCAUGUGUGAAGCUGCAGCGAUGCGUAAAGUGGUCCGUGUUUACCAGGAGUGGAUCUCCAUGGAGGACAGGCCAGUGUUUAUGAAGGAGCCAGAAGAGGGCCCCUAUCCCACAACCAGCAGCCUGGAUUCGGGCUCUCAGCUCGGAGACAAGGAGGAUGAGGGAAUGAACAAGGCUGUUGACAGUGAAUUACUGGAGUACAACGUUCAUGCUGGAGUUCAGACUACACUACAGGUAUUUAUCACCCACUCCUCCAAUGUUUUCCUAUUGGAGCCAGCCAAUGACAUCAAGAUCCUUUUGGAGGAGCAUGUCGACAUGUGCAAGCGAGUCCUGAACAUCUACCGCAGCCUUGUCAUGCAUGAGACCAUGGACCAGAAAACAUGGGAGCAGGUGCUACUGGUUCUACUGAGGGUAACGGAGUCAGUGAUGAAAAGACCUCCAUCCAUCAUGCCCCAGGGCAAGAAGAGCAACACACUGUCAGGCAGACUGGCUGGACCUAUCUUUCAGACACUGAUAGUAGCCUGGAUUAAGGGGAACUUAAACGUCUACAUCAGCAGAGAACUGUGGGACGACCUCCUCUCUGUCCUCUCCUCUCUUACCUGCUGGGACGAACUGGUCACUGAGUGGUCUCUCACCAUGGAGACCUUGACCAAGGUUUUGGCCAGGAACCUGUACAGUGUUGAUCUGAAUGAGCUGCCUCUGGACAAACUCAGUGAACAAAAACAGAAGAAACAUAAAGGAAAAGGUAUAGGUUCAGAGGGCCAGCGGCAGAUUGUGGAUCGAUCCUUCUCUAAAGGCUGGAGCAGAGACCAACCAGGUCAGGCAGCAGCCAUGAGGCAGCGGAGCGCCACCACCGCUGGCUCACCAGGCAUUGAAAAGGCCAGGAGUAUUGUCCGCCAGAAAACUGUAGACCUUGAGGACCCGCCAAUCACGCUGACAUCCCGCACCUCUCGGAUGCGCCACUCUUCCCAGAGCGACGAGGCACCUCCCACCUCCUGUUCUGAGGUCUUCCAGGGAGUGGCCUGUGACCUGGAUGGCCCGGCUCCUUCUUCCCUUGCAAGGAGCAGCAGUGCCUCUGACAUCAUGGAGCCUUUCAUCGCAGAGCGGGUCAAAGGUGAAGGCCCACAGAGGGAUCCUACCUCGAUUCCAACUCCCCCUCACCACCACUCCACAACUUCUUCCUUACUUGUAGCCAACAGCCACGCAGCUCAACCACUCCCACACACCCCCACCUCCCCCUCUCCUACCCCUCUAACCUUCUCCAAUGGUGUUGUGUCCUCAUCCUUAGAGGGACAAGAUGAUGGUAGUGGUUAUGACCAGUUCUGGCACCAGAUUGGCUCUCGAAGCCAAGGUUCUGGUACGGAUUGGGUGAGCGACUGGGAUUCUGCUUUCACCUUUUCAUCUGAAAAGGACUUAGAUGUAGAGGAGGGUGAAAUGGGGGCUGGGGUAGAGGAGGAUGAUUUAAUCUCCUCUAUUAGGGACUACCUCACUAACAAAGGAGGUGAGAGGAAGGAGGAGGCAAGAGAGAGAGAUAGUCCUGGUCAUUUACUAGAAAACAGUGUGGUAACUUUACCUGUACCUGUUCAAACAGGGGUUGCUAGAACACAUAUGGAACACAUGGGGCAUGUAGCAGAGGCAAGAGAGGAAAGAGAGACUUGUAAAGAGGACAGACAGGUAAGUAAAUCAGUGAGACAUAGCAGUGUGGAUUCAGCAGAGGAGAAUGAAGCAGAGCAGCGAAGCAUCUAUGAGUGCCUGGAGUUGCAGUGUCAGUGGCCGUCACCCAAUGCUAGAGGGAGUGCUAGCUUAGAAAGACACACUGGGGAGAAAAAGGGAGGAGGAAAUACAGGAAAAGCAGAAGGAUGGGAAGGGAAAUAUGAUGGAUGGAGGGAAAGAGGAGAAGGGAAACAGGGUGAUAAAGACGCAGCAGCAAGUGAGAGGUCUGUUUUCAUUAAACAAGACACUAACACAGUAGAAUCUAGCACUGAGUCAAAUCAAACACCCCAAACUUCAGACCAAACUAAGGCCAAGAUGUCCCGUAGUAGCAACAAGAGACACCAUUCUGGGGGUGUUCAUGUCAGCUUUCGGCCCUCGACUGAGUCAGUCCAGUUCCACAACCCCCUUGAGAGUAAAGAGGCCCACUGGAAAGCAAGGCUGCGCCGCCUCAGUCACUUCCACACUCACAGCCACUCAGCUGGGGAGAGGCCUGGGGCUGGAGCUGGGUUAGGGUCAGGUGCGAAGCUGGCAGCAGGAGGAUCAGGUAAGUUUGGCUCUGUGGCUGGGAUUAGCCAUAGAGCAGGUGCACAUGAGAAAUUAGCCUCUGGGACUGUUUCGGAUAACAGCGGGGCAGGGAACGCAGCAAUGUCGGGAGGUCUUGAAAACAGGGCUGGGACUGGAGGGGACAAGGACAGGCAACAUCCUGGAUCCUGUGUGGGAUCCAUCCUGGGCUCUGAGGCUCACUCAGAGGUAUUAUCAAGCAAUUCAGGUGUGCGCGGCCGCUUGGGUCGCUCCGCCUUGCGAUCCCGAGCCUCCCGCUCACGGUCCCAGGAGCCUGGCAGCACUGCCUCACGACACCACCAGGGGGCUCUUCUUGGUGGCGUCUAUAAGACUGUUGUUCACGCUCUGUCUUCAAAGCCACGGCCCCGAGGUCAGGGGUCAUCCCAAGGCUCAUCGCCACAACGGCAGAGCCGGGCUGCCAUGGGUGACGCAUCGCUCAGAGACCUCUACUCCCAUGUCCUGGGCUACUUUGGGCGAAAGACGACAACGCCAGCCAAUAAAGAGGAGGUGGUCCAGAAGGCUCGUCCAGUCUCCAGUGACGUAGGAAGCACAAACCCAAACUUCUCUGACCUCAUGGAUGAGUUUAUCCAGGAGAGGCUGAGGGCAAAAGGAACAGCGGGUCGUCGUGGCAGCAGCCCUGGAAGUCUGGAAGUUCCCAGGGACCUGCCGGAGCUCCUGGAGGCUGGUCAGAGUCCUGGAUCACGACCCACAGAUGAUCUCCGUCCCAUUGAUGAUCCAGGGGUUCCCUCUGAAUGGACGUCACCUGCAAGUGCCAGCGGUUCUGAUGUCAUCAGCUCAGACAGCCAGUCGGACUCCUUUAAUGCCUUUCAGUACUCCACCUGCAAAUUUGAUAAUUUCACUUUCAGUACAGAAGCUUGUGGAGGAGGAGUUGGAUCUGGGGGAGGAGGUCGAGGCAGCUCACUGGACCAGGACAGUUUGGGAGGUGGUGUGGCCUGCGAUGAACAUGAAGUAGCCAGUUUGACAACACUUCAUAUUGACUCGGAGACCAGCAGCCUCAGCCACACUGUCACUGUUACUGGUUCAGAGAGUGCAUCUCCCAUGCAUUCCCUUGGGGGCUCUCGCUCCCAGACGCCCUCCCCUGCUACACUGACAGCAGAGCACCCUGAUCACACACACUCCCACCCACACACACACCUACAGCUGGACCAGAAGCUCCACAACUCUGUGCUGCAGACGCCAGAUGACCUGGAAACCAGUGAGUUCCCCAGUGAAGACUGCAGUGUCAUGGCGGGUGGCUCUCUAACUGGAUGGCACGCAGAUGUUGCCACGGUAAUGUGGCGUAGGAUGCUGGGUAUCCUGGGGGAUGUCAAUAGCAUCAAAGACCCAGAGAUCCAUGCGCAGGUGUUCGACUAUCUGUGCGAACUGUGGCAAAACCUGGCCAAGAUAAGAGAUAAUCUGGGCAUUUCUCUGGACAACCAGUCAUCUCCCCCUCCCCCUGUCCUGAUCCCACCCCUAAGAAUCCUCACCCCCUGGCUCUUUAAGGCCACCAAGCUGACAGAGCGUUACAAGCAGGGGAAGCUUCAUGCCUACAAACUGAUCUGCAGGAUCAUGAAGAGACGGCAAGACGUUUCCCCAAACACAGACUUUCUCACACACUUCUACAACAUCAUGCACCAAGGACUACUGCACCAAGACCAGGACAUUGUGAACACCAUCAUAAAACACUGCAGUCCCAGGUUCUUCAGUAUCGGUCUACCUGGAGCCACCAUGUUGAUCAUAGACUUCAUUAUUGCAGCUUCCAGAGUCACGGCCUGCUCAUCACUCAAUGCUCCAAGAGUGGAGGCCCAGAUCCUGCUGGGAUCUCUGGUGUGUUUUCCCAACUUGUAUGAGGAGCUUCCAGCCCUCCAUCCCACCACAGCCGACGUGGUGCUUACCAAAUUCCCUGAUGUCAAGGAGCACAUUAUCAAAACCAUCCUGACCUCUGCCAGGGACGAACCGUCUGCUCCUGCUAGGUGUGUGGCUCUGUGUAGUCUGGGUAUCUGGCUGUGCGAGGAGUUGGCUCACGGGACUCAACAUCCACAGAUUAAAGAUGCUCUCAAUGUCAUCUGUGUUACUCUGAAGUACCCCAAUAAGAAUGUAGCACUGGUGGCGUCGGACAUCCUUCACCUCCUGAUCAGUCAUGUGGAUCAUCUUCAGAAAUUCCCCCCUGACACUCCGAAGAAGAUCGUCGAGAUUUUGAUCGCCACCAUCACACACUUGCUGCCUACUACUGAGUCUUCUCCUCAUGAACUGGAUAAAAGGCUGGUAGUGUCCCUCUUGUUGUGUCUGUUGGACUGGGUGAUGGCUCUGCCUCCAAAGACUCUUCUUCAGCCUGUUCAAACCCGAAGCCCUCCAGAGAAGGAGCAGCCAACCAAGACUCUGCUCAGCUGUAUUUAUAAGGUAUUACAUGGCUGUGUGUAUGGAGCCCAGUCUUUCAACAGUCCCAAAUAUUACCCGCUGCAACUGUCGGACCUGUUGAGUCCAGACUACGACCCAUUCCUGCCAUUAGAGAGCCUCCGAGAACCAGAACCGCUGCACAGUCCAGACUCUGAACGCUCCAGCAAACUACAGCCUGUCACUGAAGUUCGUAGCCGUAUUCAGCAGGGUCUGGUUUCCAUUGCAGCAAGAACAGUUAUCACACACUUGGUCAACCAUCUAGGACAUUAUCCAAUGUCCGGAGGGCCUGCUACUCUGUCUAGUCAGGUGUGUGAGAACCAAGACAACCCAUUCUGUGAGAGUGCAGAUCUGGGACCAGAGCUUUUCCAUUCACCAAACCUACAGUUUCUGGUUCUGAAUGGCUCCACACUGCUCUCUGUAUAUCAGAUCCGAUCAGAAUCUGGUGUACCCGGAGGGGGAAUGACAGCUGGUUUGUCCUCUGCUCCCGCUUGUGUGCGUGUCAUCAUCCGAGAUGUAGCUGGAAAACACUCCUGGGACUCUGCUGUUCUCUACGGGCCUCCACCAUGUUCCCCAAACAGCCCAACACACACAUUUUUGUCACACACACAAUCACCUCAUAGUGGGAAUCUUCAUUUACACACUCCACCAGGAGGUCCAACGAAAAAGCUGGGAGUGAAGAGAGAUGAUAGUGCAGAGGAGGGGCAGGAGGAAAUUGAGGAAGAUGAGGGGGGAAGAGGGAUGGAGGGUGAAAGGCAAGGGUUUCAGGAAGAGGGGGAGGAUGAAGGAGAGGAGAGGAAAGUCACUGAGGAGGGGAUUGUAGAUCGAAGAGGAGCUGAAGAAGAGGGGCAAGAGGAGGAGCAGGAAGAGGAGAGGAUUGAACAUAGGAUGGAUGGGGAGGGGGAUCAAGGGGAGUCAGGCUUGGAGCAGCUUCUAGCUCCGCCAUUGGCUAAGCGUGUGUGUCGGGAGGCAGUGCCAGCAUGGGAUGCACUGAGGGAGGGAGACGAUGCACUGGAUGAAAUGCUGCAGUACCUGGGAUACUCAAGUCCUGAGUGUCUACAGAGAGCAGGCAUGCCGCUCAACAUCCCAGCCCCUCCUCCAGCAUGUGUUUCAGAAAAGCAGGAGAAUGAUGUGAUCAAUGCCAUCCUGAAGCAGAGUGCUGCUGAAAGAGAGUUCGUCCUUCAUAGAGGCGAGGAGCUGAACAUGAGGGCAGUGCAGCAGACUGAACCAGAGACCGAGACACCACAGUCAGCGUUCUACUACUGCAGACUACUGAUCAACAUACUGGGACUCAACUCCUGGGAGAAGAGGAGUAACUUUCAUUUGUUGAGGAAGAAUGAGAAGUUGCUGAGAGAGCUGAAGAACCUGGACUCACGGCAGUGCCGUGAGACACAUAAAAUAGCAGUAUUUUAUGUGGCUGAGGGCCAAGAGGACAAACACUCCAUAUUAACCAACACAGCGGGCAGCCAGGCUUAUGAGGACUUUGUCUCUGGACUAGGUUGGGAGGUUGACCUCACCACUCACUGUGGUUUCAUGGGAGGUCUGCAAAGGAAUCGCAGCACAGGCCAGACUACGCCUUACUAUGCCACCUCCACCACCGAGGUCAUCUACCACGUCUCCACCCGCAUGCCCCACGACCAGGACCACAACCUCACCAAGAAGCUAAGACACCUGGGUAAUGACGAGGUCCACAUUGUUUGGUCGGAACAUUCCAGAGACUACCGGCGAGGGAUCAUCCCCACAGAGUUUGGAGACGUGCUAAUCAUCAUCUACCCCAUGAAGAACCACAUGUACUCCAUCCAUAUACUCAAAAAGCCAGAGGUGCCAUUCUUUGGUCCACUGUUUGACGGUGCCAUAGUGGACAUGAACAUUUUGCCCACCAUGGUCAGAGCCACAGCGAUCAAUGCCAGUCGAGCUCUCAAAUCCCUCAUCCCCCUCUACCAGAACUUCUAUGAGGAACGAGCCCGAUACCUAGAAACUAUCGUACAGCACCACCAGGAGCCAACCACAUUUGAGGAUUACGCAGCUCGAGUGUACAGUCCUGCUCCCUGCACACACCUGCCCUCUGACUCAGGCUCCUGCCUAGAGAUUCUUCGGGGAGAAAGUCCGGCUCUUGGGGAGGCCGGGAGCGACUCUGCGUCCCCCAUGUCUCCUCGGACUAGCAAGAGCCGCAUGUCGAUGAAGCUGCGGCGCUCCUCUGGAUCGGCCAAUAAGACUUAAACUGUAACAACAUUACACAGCCCAGUCCGAACAGAUCGAGCAAAAGUGUUUCUCCAGAGGAAAUUUGGUCUGCAGUUGUACUUAAAAGUACCAAAAAUGAAUCAUGACACGCAUGUAAAUUAACAGCUGUGGGGAAUUCACAUAUAUAUUCCUUUCCAAUAGGGAAAAUGAUGGGUGAUGUUCUCAUGAAUGAGCGUAACCGUCAUGGGGUGUCAGUAGAAUCUGCCUCGGCAGAACGCUUUGUCACACAGUUGUGUGUUGUGUCUCAAAAACACAUGUAAUAGUAUUCUGUGGACUAUAUUACACUGUCCGUUUAUUUGAAAAUUGCUCACAGCUGCUGAAUUUAUCCUUGGCUUUGCUCUGAAAACCUCAGAACCCAGUGCUGCAGCAUGCUGAUCUUUGUUACAGUAGAAACAGCUGAACAAGUGCAGCCUGAGCAGUGCAGUAUUACUUCAUUAUAAUCUGUGCCAUGUUAGAAAUCGCACAACGCCAGUGUAACCGGGACUGUUAAAAGCUUACGUGUGCCACAUUAUACACUGUUAUUUUCUUUUUUGUUUUUGUUUUUGUUUCGGAGAGCACAUUCAAUGAGAUCAACCUGCCGAACAAAGAGGAAUAAGACAGCAGAGGUCGGACGUUGCUAUGGGGAAUCUGUAUAUUUGUACUAUAGUUGGUCCAUGUGUGUACAGACAGAAUCAUGAGUUUUGAUAUAAAAAGAAUGAAUUCUGAAUGAGUGCACCGGUAGUGUUGCAUGGAGAAAGCAAGAUAAAAGUCUAUUUUUGCUCUCAGUACACAAUUAGGCCUGUAAUAAAAAUAAAGGCAGGGGUCAGUUUCUAUUCAGUCCUCAUAAAAUGUAAAUAGAAACUCAUUCAUUUGGUAACAAUAAAACAAAAACUUAAGUCGUGGAUGGGCAGCGCUCUCAAGCCAAAAAUGUUCUGUGUUGAAAUCCAGAAGAAAAUCCCCUCUUUGAACUUGUGGGACUGAGAGCUGACCCUUGGAGCGAGGCGAUGUGAGAAUCAGUGUUAAAGUAAAGAUGGAGUGACUGGUCGUCUGAUAAAGGAGAGAAAAGCACUUUCUCCAAAAUUAAUAAGAGAAACAGAUCAAAGAAGAAGCACUUGUUACGUUAAGUUUUUUUUUUGUGUGCUCAUGCUGUAAAAUGUGGACAAGCACUGAUGUUCAUUCAAUUUAUUGUCGGGUUUUUUUCCCUUUUUUUAAUUGACUGUAAAAUAUGUUUUGACCCGAACAAGAAUGUUGCUGUAUUUUUAAGUUCAGUGUCGCUCUGUCAUCUGAUGCAAUGGAACCACAGCUUUUCUUCCUUUGUUCCUUUGACUAUAUAUUCUGUAUAUCUAUACAUGUAUGAGUAUAAAUAUAUAUAUACAGUAGAUAUAUGAAUAUCUAUAAGGAUGUGUACAGUGUGAGGAGGCUUGUUGUGUAUAUACUGUAAUGUGAGAAUAGCUGCCAAAGCCAAACUGUGGUUUAACUUGAGACCACAUAUUCACUUAUAAUGGGUUGACACUACAAGAUUUUAUGCUUUUUUUCCUUUUCAUAACCAGUUUGCACUUCAUUCUCUAGGAAUCUAAAGGUAAUUUCAUUUUAGUGCUCUUCUAUACUGUCGAUGUGCGUAACCUUGGUACCACAGUCUGAUUGGGUAAGUCUUAGGCCAUCAUUUUCCUCACUUUUCAUUGUUGACAUACUGCUAAACGAGUCUGUUAUGGCAGGUUUAGUUGUGGACUGAUAUUGAUAAUUAAUUUUCACCACCUUGGUGGUGGUGGAAGGAUGAAAGACAAAGUGUAUAAAAGAGAAAUGCUGUAGAAACAAGGCCAAAGAAGAAGAGAAAGGAGAUUCAUCGCCUAGAAAUGAAAUAGGAAUGGUUUUGUGCUGCUUCUCUUUUUUUUUCUUAUCUUUUUUUUUUAAACUCCGCUCUUAUAUUUAGACUCAUCCCCAGUUCCAGUUCUGGAUGGAGGGGAUCCGCGUGUUAUCACACUCCAGAAAAUUUAACACUACCAUUUGUGUAUUUAACUUCCUCAUUUCAGCACUCCAUCAGCUCAGCUCAAAUAAAACUGACAGGAUUUCAGAUUGGCUUACAUCAUUCAUGUACUUCAGGUUUUUUCUUUAUAAAUGGUCACAGCUGUGGUUCUCCAGGGUUUGUCAGGAUUGAACGAUUUUCCGUUUGUUUUACAUGCUGGCUUGUUUGCCACGUUUCUCCAUGAAUUCCUUUUCUCCAUGGCCUGACUCCUGGUAAAGGAAACAUACAUAUAUAUAAGAUCUUUAUUUGAAAAUAUAGAUCUGAGUUAAAGGUUUUGCAUUAUGCUUCACUGCUUGGAGAAAAUGUAUUCACAACUGUAUUUUCUGUUACUGUUUGAUUUUUGAUUUCAGCCAUAGAUUCUCUGUAGAGAGAAAAGGGAUUAUUAAACCUUUUUUUUACCCCUCUGUGGGGUUGAAAUUGUUACAGAUUUGCCAGUGUAAUAUGAGGUCAAAUUCACAUUGUGUUACUUUGUGUGUGAAUAUUUGAAGUCAGCUGAGAUUUGAGUUGUCCCUUUAAAUUAUUGCUGUUACAAUUAUUAUUAAUGCUGAGGCUAAAGCACCAUUGAUUGGUUGCGACACGUGGUCUCGUAGCCCCACGGCACUCUGGGACUGAUCUGUACAUGCUGUAUGUAGACCACCUGCAUGUCACCGACUGUGUCUCAAUUGGCCUGGUUUAAUCCUGUAAACACUCUGACAACCUGAACCUGUUUACACCACAUCCUGAACUCUGCCCCAGUACCUUACACUCCUUUAUACUGUUAGGAUUAAAAUACCAGUGACUCCACAAAAUCACUGGAGUCGUGAUGGUGUUUUUAUAGCCCCAUGAUUGGCAGCAACCAAAAUACACAGAAACCCUCCAUUAACCGCAGAAAUGUCCCUUCAUAUAUAAAAAUUGUAACUUCUGUGUCUGUGACAAUGGACACUCUGAGCGUGAGGGCUGUGAUGCAUACAGGUUUAGCCGUUGUCCAGAUGUUAGUUUGGAGACAACGCUGAUGUAUGUAACUACUGACUGUACAUACUGCAUGACUCCAGUCCAGUACUAACUGCAUGUGUUAUGGAACAGCUGUAUCACAACACACACGUGCACGCUCGCACACAUACUCCUCAAACUAUGUUACUGUCAGACCUGUAGUAUGUAAACGUGUAAUGUCUCUUUUGGACACAGAGAGCGUGGAUGUGCGAUGAUGGAAUUUGACAAUAAAUGAUUCGUACCACUUGA